AUGGCCACUCCCGCUCCCAACCCCCGCGCGUCUCUCCUCGCCGGCCUUCGCACCGGCGGCGUUCGUUCCGCCUCGGGCCCCAUUCCGCAUACCGCAGCGCCCUCUGGCACGUUCAACAUCCCCCGCAUCAUCGCUCCGAACCAAGAGGACAACUUCUAUCCUCCGGAGGAAGAGGACGAGCUCUCGAGCAUGAUGAACCAGAACAUGUACAUCCAGAAUCGCACCCGUCAGGCACCACUUACUGCUGCGGUCGAUGGCAUCCCGAACCGCUUCCUCCAGCAACAGCAACAGCAACAGCAACAGCAGUCCAUGAACAUGAACGGCUUCAACCCGCUCAUGUCCCCCGCGAUGGCACAAAACCAGCUGCAGCAAGUGCAGCUUCAGCUGAUGCAGAUGGAGCUCGCCCGGAUGCAGGCUAUACAGGCUCAGCAGUACCAGGCCGAGCUGCUCGCUCAGGCGCAGGCUCAGCAGCGCCGCGGGCAGCCCCAGCAGAACAACAGGCGCGCUGCUUCGUACGUGGUGCCCUCCACCGCCGGCCCUAUGAACACAUCGUUCGACAUGCGCGCCGUUUCUGCGCAAGCGCAGAUGCGUCGCGCCAACCAGGCGGACCAACUUCGCUCGAAGCUCGGUGUCGCCGACGAGCAGGUCCCCAUGACGGCCGCUAUCAAUGGCAAAUUUGGCAGCCGCAUGCCCUCAUCCGGUUACGACUAUGAGGAUGACUUCUCUGUGGGCGCGCGCGUUCCGGCCACCCCCAGCUAUACCACAGUCAUCAGUGGGGGUACUUCGCUAGGAGGUAUGAUGGGCGGUAACGGAAACGCGAACAACAACGGGAACGGCAAUGUUACGAACGCCCCAUCGAAGUCGGACACCGCCGUCUCAUGGCGGCGUGCGGGCAACAACUCCGUAUUGAGCGGCAACAACCGCGCCGUCUCUUCUCCUGCCGUGAGGAUCACCCCACCUCCUAGCGAGCGUGUAUCUCCCCCUCCCGGGCUCAUCGCGCCGAAGGUCCGGCCCCAACCCCUUCGUUUCACGGCGGAGACGUCAGCACCAACGGUGUCCGCUGUGGCUAUCGACGCAGAUGGUGGAGACGGGGACGACAGCUCUGUGUCAUCCAGGUCCAACUCCUCACCCAGCACACCCAACUCGACCACCUCGGGUGACGUCCCGCUUUCCCCACGUGAGGAAGCCGCGAAGAAGCUGUACGAAGGUCUCGGACUUGGCCGCUCCGUCCCCACCAUCAACGUGGUCGUCCCGCAGGACUCGCAGAUGGUCGUGCAGCGCCUGGUGAGCACCCCCGUGCGCCAGCCGCGCGGCCCGCCUUCGAACACCGAGGAGCUUGUCCCGAAGAACUUCGCGACGCGCAGCAGGCGUAGGGCCGUCGGAGCACUCCUGGAGCACGCGCGCGAGCGCCGGGAGAUCGCCAUCGAGGCGUUCUGA